AUGAUCACAGACGUGCAGCUCACCAUCUUUGCCAACAUGCUGGGCGUGUCGCUCUUCCUGCUUGUCGUUCUCUAUCACUACGUGGCCCUCAACAAUCCCAAGAAGCAGGAAUGA